GUACAUUCCUGGACUGACAUAUUUAGCAGUCUGAGCGAGUAGUAGUAGAGAAAAGUUUCCAAAAGUUCUUUUUCAAGACUGAGAGGAUAAGAAUCAGACUCGUCACCGCAUUUCCCAGAAAUCCAACACAGAGAAAGAUGCCAGGUGAGAGGCUGACAGUAAGAGGCGCGUCAGACGUGGGGCGUUUCCCCGGUGCGUCUCCGCCCACCAGGGUGGAGCUGUCCAUUCACAAGGCGGGGGAAAAGAAGCAGGAGGAAAGUGCUUGCUGCCGCUGGUUCAGGAAAAUGUGCCCAUGCUGCUGCAAGCGCCAGAACAGCACUUCCUAUGAUGUCACAGAUAAGGUGGAACUGGUCAAACCACCGGCCCCGAUCCCAGAACACGAUGGGCCGAAGCCAGCGAAUGGGGAUUCCAAAGAAUUGGAAGUUAUGAAGUUGUCUGCGUGCUCUGUGGACCUGCUGAGCUCUAAAACGGGUCAGAACAGACAGGAGCACCACACUGACCUGUACCACGGGGAUGAGCUGAUCGUCCGCAGAGGCCAAACUUUCCAAAUAGAGCUGGAGUUCAACAGGCCCUUCAGUACUGACACUGACAAGCUGCAUCUGGACCUGAGAACAGGUCCACUGCCUCUGGUGUCCAAAGGCACCCAUGUCAUCAUUCCACGGGUGGAUGACCUGGACGAUAAACGGUGGGGGACCAAGAUUGCAGAGCAAAGCGGCAACAAGGUUAAGUUGUCUGUCAUCUCUCCGGCCAAUGCUGUGAUUGGUCUUUAUGGUCUGACCGUCACGACAAGCUCCCUGAAGGAGGAAAGUCCAAGUACUUACACCUGCAGCAAGAACAUCGUCCUGCUCUUCAACCCCUGGUGUACAGAGGACGCCGUGUUUCUGGAUGAUGAAGAGGAGAGGAAGGAGUAUGUGUUGAAUGACACUGGGCGAAUUUAUUAUGGAACUGAGAAGCAAAUCGGCGCUCGCACGUGGAACUUCGGGCAGUUUCAAGAGGGGAUUCUGGAAGCAUGUCUGUUCAUUCUGGAAAAAAGUGACAUCCCGCCGUCUGGUCGGGGGGAUCCUGUCAAUGUCGUCAGGGUCCUAUCAGCCAUGAUAAACUUUCAAGAUGACUUUGGGGUUCUGAUUGGAAACUGGUCAGGGAAUUACUCUGAUGGCGUUUCUCCUGCUGCGUGGAGCAGCAGCGUGGAGAUUCUGAGGAAAUACCACUCCUCCAACGGAAUGCCUGUGUCGUACGGCCAGUGCUGGGUCUUCUCUGGGGUCACUACAUCAGUACUGCGGUGUCUUGGCAUACCCACUCGUAGCGUGACCAACUUCCAGUCUGCCCACGACACUGACGUAUCCCUCACAAACGAUGUAUAUUUUGAUGAGCGUUUGGAGCCAAUCGACUACCUCAAUAGUGACUCUGUCUGGAAUUUUCAUGUAUGGAAUGACUGCUGGAUGGCCAGGCCAGACUUGCCCGACGGUCACGGGGGUUGGCAAGCUAUUGACUCCACUCCCCAGGAGACAAGCCAGGGUACCUUUCGCUGUGGCCCCGCCUCCGUCAUGGCCAUUCGCUCUGGCCAGGUCUACCUCAAACACGACACACCCUUUGUCUUUGCAGAGGUCAACAGUGAUAAGAUCUACUGGCAAAGGAAUUUCGACGGUACGUUCACGCAGUUCCGCAGUGAGAAGAAGGCGGUGGGCCACUGUAUCAGCACCAAAGCAGUUGGUUCUGAUGAGCGAGCGGACAUCACUCAUCUGUACAAACAUCAGGAAGGUUCUGAAGAGGAGCGCAUCGCUGUAGAGACUGCCAGUCGUUACGGCAGCAAGCCAGACGUUUACUCUGCGCCCAUGGCAGAAGAUGUCAGUGUGGAGGUGAAGAUGGAGGGAGAAGGGCCCAGGAUGGGGGCUGAUGCCCACCUGAGUAUCGUGGUGAAGAACCUGAGCUCCCAUCCCCGGCGGACCACCCUGCACAGCCAGGUGGCCGUCAUGUACUACACUGGCGUUGUGAAGAGCACCAUCAAGAAGGAGCAGCUGCCUGUGGAGCUUUUGCCAAAUGAAGAGAAGACCAUUGAGUGGGUUCUGCCUUACCAAGAAUACCAAAACCAGCUGGUGGAUCAGGCUGCGCUGAUGCUGACUUUGUCAGGAAGAGUCAACGAGACCAAGCAAGUUUUGGCCAACCAAACCACCUUCCGGCUCCGUACACCCAACCUCAACAUCACGCCGUUGGGAAAAGCUGUGGUUGGCCAGGAAAUGGGGGCCAAGAUCACGUUCACCAACCCCCUGCCAAGAACGCUAAAGGAAGUCGUCUUCAGAGUCGAAGGUCUGGGUCUACAGAAAGGCCAUGAAGUGGUUGUGGGGGACGUCAGCGGUCACUCCACCGUGACACUGACGGAACAUUUCAUCCCGACCCAGCCCGGGGCCAGGAAGCUGGUGGCAUCUCUUGACUGCAAGCAGCUGACACAAGUGCACGGAGUGGCUGACAUCAUUGUUCUGGAGCAGUGAUCGUUAUGUUUCGAGUCCUCACCGACGCCUACAAUAUAAAGAAAAUAAGUCAAUUAAACGUAUUCUUCUUACAUAGAAAUACACAUUUUUGUACUGCGGCAAUGUUACUAUGCUGCUAUGAGUGGCAUUAUCAGUAUUAUGUGGGUUUUUUUUGCUUAAAAACAGCAUUUGAAGUGUUAAACUGACUUAGCAAGUGUUCUUAUGAUGAAGUUAUUUGUGGCACUAAGCACCACUGAAAAAAACCAUGUCACUUUUAUACUGCAUUGCACUUACAUAGCCUGUUAGAAGAUACGACGUAUACUGUAUCAUCACACAAAUGCAGCAUGGAAUGUAUGGACACUUCUUUUUUAACUACAUUUGAAUGAAAACAGGAAACGCCUGUGAUUUUUUUUAUAAGCGGACAUGAUUUUUGUUGUGUAUGUGUAAACACUAACAUUGAAGUAUGCUUACUACUGUACAACAACCACAACACUGACACUUACUCAGCACUCGCUAUUAAAUGUGAAGGAAGUAAUAAUUGCCAUCAGUAUUUAUUUGCUUCGAAUGUUUUGCAUCACCUCUGACCCGAAUAAAAGUG